CGCGAUUUCUCAGGCCGUUAGAGUGAAAACACAAAACUUGCAUUGAUGCACGUCAAUUGAAUAGUGAAGCCUUUCUCGAAUUUUGAGGUGUUUAACGCACUUCAAGGCUUUUGAUUUUUCCUUUGUUGCAUCAUUCAGACACGGCACAAUGCCGAAAAAAGAUGAAAGCAAAGCCAAGCCAAAACUGAAACGGGCUGCCAAUGGGUUUGUGAUGGCAUUGAAAGUGCCACUUGGAGAGGUUCUUACGGACGUUGCUAAGAAGAAGUGGGUUGUGGGCCCACCCAUAGGACAGGGUGGUUUUGGUACCAUCUACUCAGCCCGAUCAGUGGAUGGAAACUCCAAGGAUUACCCCUUUGUUGUUAAAAUUGAACCUCAUGAAAAUGGACCUUUGUUUGUUGAGAUGCAUUUCUACAUGAAGUGUGGCAAACCAGAACAGAUUGAGGAAUACACGAAACAAAAGAAGCUUCCUUACUUGAAUCUCCCUCAGUACCUUGGGUCAGGAUCUCACGAAAUCAAGGGCAUGAAGCACCGCUUUGUGGUUACAAACAAGUUCGGAGAAGACCUUUGGUCCAUUUUCAAAGUGAACAAAAAGUUUCCGUUCGGAACUAUCCUUCGUAUUGCCCAGCAAACACUCCAAGUACUUGAGUACAUCCACAGCAAAGAUUAUGCUCACUGUGACGUGAAAGGUGCCAAUUUGUUGGUUGGUAACUCUCCAAGCACAAAGAACCGAGUGUACUUGGUUGACUUUGGCUUGGCUUCGAGAUGCACAUCUGAUGUAGUUUACACAGAGGAUGCCAGGAAAUCGAAUAACGGUACCAUUGAGUACCUCAGCAGAGAUGCUCACAGAGGGGUCGUCACAAAGAGAGGUGACUUGGAAGUGUUGGCCUUCAACAUGAUCCACUGGCUGUGUUCCACCUUGCCUUGGGAACAAGUUAUUGCUAUGGAUAAGAAAGGGAAAGAAAAGACUGUUGAAGAAAUGAAAGUCAAGUUCAUGGAGAACAUUUCCGAGAGUCUCAGUGAGCUCAAACUGGCUCCUGCCGAGAAAGCAUUUCUAAAGAGGUUCCUGGACAAGGUGAAACACAUGGGUCAUCUGGACAAACCUGACUACAAGGCUCUCACCAAAAUGAUUUCUGAUGCAUUGCACGAGACUGGAUUCAAAGACAGUGGACCUCUCAUUUUCUCUGCAAGCAAAACUCCUCCUCGAGCUGCGUCGAAGCGUCGUUCUACCAAGAGAUCUGUCGAAGAAUCAGAUGAGGAGAUUGCUGAAGCACUUCCACCUAAGAAAAGAGGCAAAUCUGCAGAAAAACCUGCUGCUAGAAAACCAAGAGGGCGCAGUCGUUCUGAAACACCAGCAAAGCCUGUCGCAGAAAAUGUGUUGGCUGUGCAUUUAAAAAAGUCUGAGAAAACUCCAAAAGGCAGGAAAGCUAGACAGAGCAUGAGCUCAGAGGAAGAAAAUCUGGUUGAAGGGGUGAAGCCUGAGAAGCCAAAGCCGAAAAGACUGGGGCGCUCUGUGCUUGCCAAAAUGGAGGCAGAGAAGGCGGCUGCAGCUGCACUGAAAAACGGGACAUCAAAUGGUGGUAGUUCAUCAGCAUCAAGUAAGGAUAGUGAUACAACUCCAGAGAAGAAGCCCAAAAAGAAAGGGAAGAAGGGUGCCGAGAGGAACAAGGGUACAGGGAUUUGGAAACUGUGCCCUACCGUUAUGAACAGCAAUGUGGAAACGCCAGGCACCUAUAGUCCACCCGCCAAUGCCCCUAGCAGGUUAAAGAAGAAAUAAGCAGAAAAGUGAUAUUAAAUCUUGUGCAGGUAGGGUUUUCCCACUGUCAUUCCAAGAGACUCAAAAUUUCAUCCUAAAUCCAAGUGACUUGACGCGGACUGAAUGAUUUAAAGUAUUCUUAAGAAAAAUGUGACAAAUUAACCAGAACUUAUUUGUAUGAAUUGCCCGUAACAAUGUUUCUUUUCAAAUGAA